GAAAAACUGAUUAAAAUCUUAUCCAGUAUUGGAAAACACUUGAGUGGUUUUUUUCGGUACUAUCAUUGACCCAUUGUCAUUUCUAUUUAUAUAAAUACAUCGCACGACAAGAUAACGCACGUUAAGGUAAACAUGGUUAAGGUACAAUUUGUGAUUGUUGCUUGCUUCGCUGCUGCCGCUUUGGCAAGACAGCACCCACCAACCAACAAUUUGGAAAAUGGUAAUGACGAAUACAUAAAUACAGACAUUGAGAUAGUGAAAAACAUUCUGAAUCUUUUUGAAACUGCCCAAGACCAAGAAUACGAGAAGAAGGAUGACUCCGACUCAACCAACGAAGAUAUCAUCGAAAAAAUAAAGAAGUGUAUAAAGCAGCUAGUUGAGAAAGCUAAAGAUAGGGUUGGAGAUCUCGAGAAAAAGAUUGAACAAAUUAUUGGCGACGUAUCAACAAUCAAAGACUGCAAAGGAUCGGAGGAAGAUAAGCAAAAGUGUAUAGAGAAAGCCAUAGCUGCACUCAAGCAAGACGUCAAAAACCUGAUAGGCGACGGCUCAAAGCAAGCUCAAUGGAUUAUCAACGAAGCACUGCCAGAAUUGGUUCAAUGUGUUAGGAAAUAAUGUAUUAUAUGAUCAUCAAUCCAAGAAACAUAUAAUUUAUAAAUUAAAUGCAAACGUCCUACAACAUACGUAUCUAUUCAAAAGGGUUCGAGACCUUGUUUUUUGAAAGAGUCAGGUGUAGCUGCAAUGCGGGUUAGUGAAAUUAUAGCAUGAACACUAUGCUUCAGGGUGAAAGCUUCAUGAGAAUGAGGGGUCAUGUGAUACCUCGUCUUGAAACUCUUUGACCCAUAAGUUAUAGUCCUAGGAUGUGAAAUCACUACUUUUCAAAAUAACGAUAUCAUAAGCAUUUUUGUACACUGAACCGCUGAUAGCUCAACGACCAAUUAAUUAUCAAUAAUAAAUAUGAAUAUGAAUAUGAAUAUGAAUAUGAAUAUGAAUAUGAAUAUGAAUAUAUAUUACGUGCCAAUUAACAAAACAUUUGUUUUUACACUUGUCAUGAAAAUUACUGAUGACGUAUACAAUACAUAUAAAACUAUAAUUGGUAAAAAUAAAAUAAAAUAUAAUAUAAUAUAAAGGUGUAGUAGGCCAGAUCACACACAUAGGGGGGUCGCGAUAAACUCAUUCAAGGAAUAAAAAGGAUGUUUAACUAAUUCUUGCCAAAGUGUAUUUUUAAAAUGUUUUAAAGUAAGAUUCUUAGUAGUGUUUUUUAGCUUGUUAUAUACCCUAACAUCAAGUGAGUUUUUAUCUGAGAUCUUUAGCCUGUGAGCGCUAGGUUGAAGUAGAUUGGAAUGCCUGGUGUUAUAUCCAUGAACAUCCGAGUGCAUUGAGAAUUUAUGCUUGUUCUUAUGAAUCUCAACAAGGCUCUGAUAGAUGUACAUUGAAUAAAUUGUAAGCAUAUUUAAUUUUAUAAAGAGUGGCCUACAGUGGUCACGAUAACCAGCUCCCGCAAGAAUUCUAAUUGCUUUUUUUUGUAAUAUAAAGACUCUAUUUAUAUGGGUAGAAUUUCCCCAGAUUAAUAAGCCAUAUUGAAUGUGAGAGACGAUGAGGGAGUAAUAAACACUAACAAGGCAUUCAUUACUAUUGCAAGUUUUUAGUCUGCGUAGUAAGAAUAUGUUUGUGGCUAAUUUGCUACAUAGGGUUUCAAUGUGCUUUGUCCAUUUUAGUGAGCUAUCAAUUGUUAUGCCAAGCAAUUUUACACAUUUGUUUUCUGCAAGAGAAGAGUUACUAGUUACUACUAGCCUGUUAGUUUUGUCUGAGUUUAGGCAUAAGCUAUUCUGUUUAAACCAGUUGUUUGCCUUUUCUUCAAGCUGUUUAGAUAAGCUUUGUAAUAUAUGAAGAUUUUUGUGACUCUUUAUAAGGGUGGUGUCAUCUGCGUACAAUACACAAAUAUCUGGUAACAAGUAGUACCUAAUAAAGAUCAUUAAUGUAAAGGGAAAAAAGUAUUGGUCCAAGUAUGGAUCCCUGAGGGACACCAUAAUUUACACCUUUAAUUUCUGAAUGUUUAUUAUUACUACUAACGAGCUGAGAUCUUCCAGUCAGAUAUGAUCUAAAAAAGCACAGAGACACCCCACGAAAACUAUAAUAAUGCUCCAUUUUACACAGCAGCUUCUCAUGAUCCACACAGUCAAAGGCCUUGCUAAGGUCACAAAGGGUAAUUUGUACACUUCUUCCCCCUUCAAGGCCCUGGACUAUGUGGUCAAUAAGUUCCGCUAUAAGUAAUGUAUGAUGAUUUGUGGAAGAUUUCGUUGAAAAAAAAUGACCAAAUCUGAUCCAUUUUGAAACAUAGUGUUCUUAUAUUUUAGGGUUGUAUCUUAGAGCCCCUCAGUCCUUAUAAAAAAUAUCCCACAAUUUUGCCCAGCCGUCAUCUUAAAACUUUCAACUGCCACUUUUAUGCUAAAACCUAGUAUGCGUGCUUGAAUUUCAUUGGGCCGAGUUUUAGCUUCCUAACUUGACCUGUUAUGUGGUUGCACUGUAAUAGGAACCUGUUGUUGUCUAUGUAAAAAAUUUAUAAGCCUUUCGACUUUUCCGUACAAAAUUUCCUUUUUUCUUAUCGGUGAACGGAACUCGGUAUACUCUGGUGAUCUUGGACGGGUAUUUCGAAUAUGGCAAUGAAAAACCUGAAGUGUCGUGGGGACGAAUUUGGGCGCCUGCAACAACCCGAUAACAAAUUAACGUCGUACUCCGAAUCUACGCACGCAAUUUAUUCAGGAAAUGAAAAUCCGGAUCACAGAUAAGCAAGGAUUUCUGAAAAUAUUCUUAUGAUGCGCCUUAUAGUAGAGAGAUUUCAAUGUCACAAAUAUCGCAUCUGCAAACGUGAACACUCCUAAGAGGUCAGACCCUACUUAGUAUUGCAAAUGAUAAGGUGUGGAAGAUUGUUACUAAAUUAUGCCAAAAUAACAACGGAUUUAAAUGAAAUUAAGUAUCGACUUAUCUAGAAUAACACAUAGGCUAGCUUUUAUCCUGGAAAAUAACUUUAGGGUGGAUUCCAUCAGGAUUGUCAAAUCAACAAGUCUCAAUUUUCCACCUAUAGGAUUACAGUCCGUCAAAUAUAGCGAAUGAGCUUCAAGAUCCUUUCAAUAAAUCUUAGCAGCCUAUGAAAUAUUGAAAACGAAAUAUUGUCAAAGUAUGAGACGACAGCUUGUCAUUGAGGUAUUACCAGUUUAUUGAAUAUUAAGAAAUUACAUAUAAUUCAGACAAAAUUAAUUUGGAUAAAAUGUUUUUUUGUACCUACUAUUGUUGAUUGUUUUUACCCGUUUAUAUUAUUUUCUUUAAUUACUAUGCUAUUUUACUAAUUUAACAUCACCUACCGUGUGUUUUUUCUUAUAAGCCUCUUGCAGAUAGCCAUUAAACACCUACUUGAUGACAAAGACUCUACCAAAAAUAUCAUAGAUAUUGCUCGUUUCCAAACGUUCAUUAAUUUACUUGCCGUUCAUCAGUACUAUUGUGGCACAUUAGGCGGUAUUCGCACAAAGCCAUACAGGAUUUUUGAUAUCCAUACAUCCAUAUUUUUCAGGAAGUGAACAAACCUCCACACUAUAUUUACAGCGAUUGAGAAACACCCAAAUAUACAUUUGCCAUAAGGCUACCCCAGCAAAAAUAAAACCAGCGGAAAAACGCUGUGUGCUUCAAAAUGUUCUCGAUAUGCAUAUAAAUGUGAUUGUCUACCCAGUCAGUCAGCAUCGCGUCUGGACCACAAUACGGAGGAACAUGAAAAUUUGGACACAUGCUAAUUGAAACCGAAUAAAAUUAAAGAUAUGGUAUUAUUUGGGAUUUUGUAAUCAACUGUCAUGACAAGUACCAAAAUCUCCACCGUCAGCGUCACUUACGCAACAGCGCGGCCAGCCAUCUCCCCAUCCAACCUGUGACCAUUAAGCGAUACGGACGUUUUGUUUUGCACCAUCUGUUACCCGUGACAACGAACGCUUGUAACUGGUACUAACACAAUACAUUGUUUUUAAUUAAUAAUUGUAGUAACUCAUACACUCAUUGCCUUCUAUGCUG